GGGGAGGGGGUGGGGACGGUGGGGAGGAAGGAGGGGGAAAGGCACCAACCAGCAGCCGCUCCAGCCCUGCCGAAGUUUCACUUUUUGUCUGUGGGUUCGCUCCCGGCCCCCGCGCGAGCUUUCCCGGGAUAAGUAGCUUUAGCGAGCGGGGGACAGCCGGGCACUGCAAGAAAUUGAAGAGAAUUCUGAUGACUAGUGUGUUGGGAGAGUCCUGAAGGAAGCCAGACCAGCGCCUACACUCACAGAGCUUCUUGGGUGCCCUCUGGCUCCCCAGCGACCUACAGCAGGACCUCUGGUGGGAUAGCAGGCUCAGAAACAGAACCGAAGACAGAAUCCGGUCACCUGGUUCUCAAUCUAGGGCUUUUUUCAUUGUUCUAUUGGGCAGUCACUGGAGGGAAGAUAUUUUUCCUCAAUUGAGUGACCAACAGCUUGGAAGAGAGAAUGAAGUGAAGAUUCAGAAAAUGGAGAGAUUCCUGAGGUUGGCUACAUUUGAGAAGGCUAGGUGAUCUUGGCCUGGAGGUCAGAGUAGGGUGAAUGAGAUAACUCCUGCUUAUGACAGCUUACUUUGGGCAGCAAGGACUGAGUAUAUGCUUUCAGCCUUCAGGGAAUCCUAGAACCUUGAGUGCAUGGAGUGAUGGAAAGCCCCAUGGGCCAAGUAUAAGGGGGUUUGGGUUCAGAUUCCAGCAGUGCCAGAAGUUCCUGACACUAACAUUGCAGUUUGCUGAACCUGGUGUCCACUGACCAUUCCAAGAGCUAUUAUCUGAGAUUCCAACAAUGUCUCAUCCAUCUUGGCUACCACCCAAAAGCACUGGUGAACCCCUUGGCCAUGUGCCUGCACGGAUGGAGACCACCCAUUCCUUUGGGACGCCCAGCAUUUCAGUGUCCACACAGCAGCCACCCAAGAAGUUUGCACCAGUCGUUGCUCCAAAGCCCAAAUACAAUCCAUACAAGCAACCGGGAAGUGAAGGUGAUUUUCUUCCACCCCCACCCCCACCUCUAGAUGAUGCCGGCGCUCUUCCAUCUGGCUCUGGGAACUUCCCUCCUCCACCACCCCUUGAUGAAGGUGCUUUCAGGGCACAGGGAAACCCUGGAGGUAAGACCCUCGAGGAGAGACGCUCCAGCCUGGAUGCUGAGAUUGACUCACUGACUAGCAUCUUAGCUGACCUCGAGUGCAGUUCCCCCUACAAGCCCCGGCCCCCACAGGGCUCUACUAGUGCAACAGCUUCUCCUCAAGUUUCCACCCCUGUCACAGGACAUAAGAGAAUGGUCAUACCAAACCAACCCCCUCUAACAGCAACCAAAAAGUCUACAUUGAAGCCACAGCCUGCACCUCAGGCUGGACCCAUCCCUGUGGCUCCAAUUGGAACACUCAAACCCCAGCCUCAGCCAGUCCCAGCUUCCUACACUACAGCAUCUACCCCUUCAAGGCCUACGUUCAAUGUACAAGUGAAGUCAGCCCAGCCCAGCUCUCAUUAUAUGGCAGCCCCUUCACCAGGACAAUAUUAUGGCCCGGGGCCGGGGCCCCAGAGCUAUAACACUCAACCAGGCCCUACUUCUGGGCAGUGUCCACCCCUUUCAGCACGGGGCGGCAUGGAUUAUGCAUAUAUUCCACCACCAGGACUUCAGCCUGAGCCUAGUUAUGGGUAUGGCCCCAACCAAGGACGCUAUUAUGAAGCCUAUUGCCCAGUGGGGCCUGCCUAUGGGGGGAAACCCGACUCCGAUCCUGCCUAUGGUCAGCAAGGUCUCCCCAAUACCUGGAAGCGAGAACAGGGGUACACUCCCUCUGGAACAGGGAACCAGAAUCCUGCUGGGAUGUAUCCAGUAGCUGGUCCCAAGAAGACCUAUAUCACAGAUCCUGUUCCAGCCCCCUGUGCACCUCCACUGCAACCGAAGGGUGGACAAACAGGGUCAAAGGGGCUUCCAGCUGUUACCCCCUCAUUCCGCCCUGAAGAUGAGCUAGAGCACCUGACCAAGAAGAUGCUUUAUGACAUGGAAAAUCCACCUGCUGAUGAAUACUUUGGCCGCUGUGCUCGCUGUGGGGAAAAUGUAGUUGGGGAAGGGACAGGAUGCACUGCCAUGGAUCAGGUCUUCCAUGUGGAUUGUUUCACCUGCAUCAUCUGCAACAACAAGCUCCGAGGGCAGCCCUUCUAUGCUGUGGAGAAGAAAGCCUACUGUGAGCCCUGCUACAUUAAUACCCUGGAGCAGUGCAGCGUUUGCUCUAAACCUAUCAUGGAGAGGAUUCUCCGAGCCACCGGGAAGGCCUAUCAUCCUCACUGCUUUACCUGUGUGAUGUGCCACCGCAGCCUGGAUGGGAUCCCUUUCACUGUGGAUGCUGGCGGCCUCAUCCACUGCAUCGAGGACUUCCACAAGAAAUUUGCCCCACGAUGUUCUGUGUGCAAGGAGCCUAUCAUGCCAGCCCCGGGCCAGGAAGAGACUGUCCGGAUUGUGGCUCUGGAUCGUGAUUUCCAUGUUCACUGCUACCGGUGUGAGGAUUGUGGUGGUCUCCUGUCAGAAGGAGAUAACCAAGGCUGCUACCCUUUGGAUGGACACAUCCUCUGCAAGACCUGCAACUCUGCCCGCAUCAGAGUGUUGACCGCCAAGGCUAGCACUGACCUUUAAAUUCAAUGGCCCGUUUAGCUGGUUAGUUGGUGGCACCGAGAAGAAUGAAUCACAAGAAAAAAAAAUAGAAAAAAAGUAGAAAAAUAGAGGAAAGGCAAACAAGCUAUAGGAUGGUCUCUGUUCUUCAUCUGCUAGUAACCUUUCUGUAGAAACACAUAGAUUAUGAGAUUUUUUUGUAAGUUCUUACAAAUACACAUUUCACAUUUAAUCAUGUAGGACCUUAAUGGGCCUUUGUUCCCAAGGACUUCCACAUUUUUGCACGGAUUAUGCUCCAUCCCAUUCACUUCUGCAUUCCUGUAACUUUUAAUCCCUGUGUUUGUCUCACUUUUCAUCUGGUUGAAUGGCUUUUUUUAGUGUGGUAUUUGCUGUCACACAGUUUUUCCUGGGUGAGUUUGCCAACUCACAGGUGCUUUCAGGCUUGAAGGCUCCAUCCUAUCACUUCCACGUUGCCUGUGAUCAUAAAGGAUAGCCAUUCUUUCUUUGUGUAUUGAAAAGCAUAUCUUUCUGUUGCUCUAAACUGGUCAUGUCCCUUGUGGGGAAAAUGCACAAUUUAUAUGAAUUUAAGCUGUAAAUUACAUAGAUUAAAACAAGCCCAAAUUUAGUUUGGAACCAUCCAAAUUCAAAAUCUAUAGUGACUAGAGUUGGGGCUCAUUGGAAAACAGAUAUCAGUGAGAGAGAUCCAAAUGUCAGUCUUUUUCUAUAGAAAUAAUAGGUGGGAUAUGCUAGAAAAAGCAUUUUGGGAAUAUGUUUGAAGAGCCCAUUAUUAUCCCACAAUAUUAUUUUAAGAUUUUUCCUUUUCCAUACUGCCUGGACAUAAUAAUACAGACAAACGUGGCUUUCUCUAGAAUAUAACAUUUCCUAUACUGUCCCGCUUUUCAUAUCAGAAAUAUCGACAUUUUUUCUAAUAUUCAAACAUGAUCCCCAAAAAUGACAUUUUCUCUAGUGAAAGAUAGCUAUAAGGAACAAUUCAAAUUAUAUUUUUUCCCCAGGCCCAGGUCCUUUUUGCCUGACAAUUGCAAAUCAAGGCACACAAAAUAAAAUUGUGUAGUUUUGUUUAGUUUGAUUUCAAAAGACAGGAAAACUUUAAAAGAUUGUGAAACUACAGUAUCAUUAUUCUCUUAAUCCUUCCGUAACUCACAUUAUGUAUUGCAAGAAACAUUUUCAUAUCAUUGAUGGGACAUUUAUACCACACUUUCAAAGACAAUCACUAAAAAAAAAUUGCCUUUCUGAGGUAAAAAUAUGCAGACUGUCUGCCUGGAAUCUUUAUUCAAACCCUUUUGGGCAGUGAAAUGCUUGCUUGCCAGCUGUAGAACCGUAUUUCAUUAGGUUCGAACAUGUUUCUUUUAGAAAGAGACACCUAUAUUAAUCAUGGCAGAUUGCCGUUUUUUAAACUAAUUAUUUUGGAUUGAGAUUUCUUAAACCUUCCUUCAAAUCUUCCACAAGUAUAUACUUUUAAAUUAUGAAGUAUUUUAAGUAUAUGCAAAAGUAUAAAUAAUAAUAUAAUGAAUCUCUAUAUACGUAACACCCAGUUUAAGAAAUCAAAUAUAACAAAUAUAAUUACAUUUCCCUGUGCACCUUCCCUGAUUUCACAAAUAUCUUUUUCAUGGUUAUAAAGUUAUGAAGUCAGUUUUUUAGCCUGACUUUAUUUUUUUAUUUUUAUUUUUAACACCCAAAACAGAAAUGAAAAAUUAUUUACACAUGUUUUGAAUUGCAAUCCAUGCCUCAAGAAUUCCAAUUAAAUUUAUUUUACUUUAGUAAGAAUACUUAUAAAAAUGAUUCUUUUUUUUUAGGCUUAAAUUCUUAAGCUUAUGGUCACUGUAGCUCAUCUAAGUUAAUCUGUGGCUCAUUUGCUUUGGUCACCAAACAGUUUUGUUUUAAAACCACCAAAGUUAUAGCUUUUAAAAGUUUCCUUUGACCACUGUCCUCUUCUUACCUUAAAACUCUUAUCCUUGAUUUUAAAUUUCUCAUUACGUGAAAUACAAUGGGAUUCACUUUGAGUAGCAUGUGAAUUUUAGGAUACAAUGGCGAUUGUAUCUCUGCAUUCUGUCUUCCGAAUUAAAGGCCAUACCAUACUGGUGACCUCAAAAAACACCGACUGUUAAACAGUUGGGGUGAUAAUAUAAUCUGCUUGAAUUUCUUCAGUAACUUGUUUUCUACGAAACACUUGGGAAAAACUGUCUUUAGGCCAAAAGCAAAGAGCCCAAUUUAUUGAGAGAUGGAUUUAUCUCUUAAAUAGCUGUCAUAUUAUUAUAAAUUUUGCCAAAAAAGGAAGAAUUUAUGAAAUAUUUAUACUAUGAAAAUGCAAUAACAUUCUACUUGUUUGCUACAGUUAAGUCCUUAUGGAACUGAAUGUUUACAAGCCAAAAAAAAAAAAAGCAAGUUAUAAUAAAAUGCUGUCGCAGACGCAUCACUGUGGCAGUGCCAGAAUACUGCUUGCUUACAGUCUUUAUUGUGCAUUUUUAUCACAUGACCUCAGAGUAUCUUUACCAAAGAUUUUUAAAGUAAAUCUCUUUUAAUAUAGACUUAUUAUUCUUUUAUAUAAUGAAUGUGCACACGUACAUAUACAGAAAUAUUUAGAUUUAGAUUUUUUUUUCUUUCACAAAGUAUAAUAAGGAAAGGAUCCUACAAUUGUUUAUUCCAGGAUAUCUUAAAUAUAAGAUUUAUAUUACUUUCUUUUCUUUUCUAUUAAUCAUUUGACUUAAACAAUGCCAAAUCACUCUUUACUGUUUUAGUUACAUGAAAUAUUGCCUAUAACAGAGAUAUAAAGAUCAUAUUACCUUAAUGAAUAUAAUUCUAUUGUCUUUUGAUAUAUUGUCUUAAUUGUUGACACUUAAAUUCAUAAAUAAUUGAAAAACAUAGAACCUAUAAGAGAAUGUUUGUAAAAAUAUACUGGUUUUAAAAAAAAUUGUUAAGAACACAAAUAUUUGGUAAUUUUGUGUGACAUGAGAGACAUGGAAAAGGGGGAAAAAAAACCCACUCUGUCAUGGGCUCUACAGACAAUUUCAGAAUCAGAUUUCUUCAUUGCCUGCAUCCCCAGCUUAUGCUGACUCAAUGUGAAGUCUCAUGUGCAAACAAAAUUGCCUUUAAAACUCAAAAGUAACUUAUGUGUCCCAGCAUAAGCCAUCAAGGCUUUGAGAUGGUGGAAAUUUCUGUAGCUCAAAGACGUGGGUUCUUUUUCUGGUCAUUGACAAACUGUUUCUGUAGGAACAACUUCUCUGAUCAAAAUUACUUUAUCCGCUGUAUUCUGCAGUGAAAUUAUCAACACUAAUUUUUUUCUCACUAUAAAAGAUUUUUCAUGUAUACUUAUGAUGAUGUUUAAAGUAUAUAAAACUCUAACUCAUAGAUUUAAACAAGCAUUUUUAUUUAGGUCCAGAGGAAGAAUAGAGCACUUUUACCAUGGCGCUCUAGUAGAGGGUUUUAUGGAAUAUAAACAGGACUUUGAAAACACAACUUCCAACCAUUUUUCUAGUUAGUUAAAAUCCUAUUAAUGUGAACCAGCCAGGAAUAACAGUGUUAUUUCUGUUUGAUAUGGUUUGGGCUUCUCUUGUCAAAUCUGUGUCAGCUGCCCUCCUGAUCCCUCCAUUAUCGAGUUUUGAAGGGCGUUGAGGGAAGUUAUGGCAGCUGCAAGGAAGAUCAGGGAAACACUGAUGUAACCUCACAGCCUCUCACCAUUCCUCUUGGCUUGGAAAGACUUUUUUUCCAUAUACAUUUCUAGAAAUAUUGCUAUACUACCUUAGUAUUUCACAUUUGUAGUUUAAACAAGCGAUUGUCCAUCUGUUGCCUACAGCUACAGUACAUGUGUGUUAUGAAAUAUGACAGCAUGUUCCAUACCCUGCUUUAGCCAUCUGUAGGAAACCAGUAGGCUGAAAAAGAUAUACCUCUGCAAAAUGUUCCUCGAGUCCCUUUCCUGAGAUCAUUCUCUUGGUGCACUUGGAUGCAAGACAAUCAGAAAGCAACAUAUAUGUGUGCCUUAUUUUUAAAGAAUUUUUACACUACUAUGAAUACUCCACUGAAGAAUCUGUAACAUAAAUAACAAUCCCCAAAUCUCAAAGAUAUACUCCUCAAAAAGUCCAGCAAAAUCCAGAGAAGUCUAAACUCUUUAUUUUAGUCUAUUCUAAUAGUAUUUUCUUUCUCUUUUAUUUCUUCAAAAUACCUUAUGGGUUUUUAAAUUGGGGAAACAUUCUUAUAGUCACGAGGUGAUGUAUUGGAUGUUGUUAACGAUCAUGUAUGUUCUAACUCUGAUUUAGUGAGAUAAUGUGGACAAGAUUUCACUUUGAGCCUUUAACACUCAUUCAGCAUAUCCACAUUUUUUUCAAUUGUCGUAGUUUUUUGGUUUGUGUGUUUUUUAAUUUAAUAGUGAAUAGAACAAGUUGAGAAUUCGGGUUCUGAGUCAUCAUGGUACAAUCAUGAACAUAUCAGGUUGAGUUUUUAUUUGACAGACAACUAGAAUGAAAUUUUGUUCAUGAGGCUAUUGUUUUGUUUUGUUAGCAUAUUAUUUCAAACGUAUAUAAAAUUAUCCAAUUAAAACUGUGUGAUUUAGUGAGAAUUUUUACUCCCUCCUUCCUUUUAUCCCUUCGGCUUUCUUCCUUCCUUCCAUUCUUACCAUCUUUCUUCUCUUUCUUAUUCAUUCUUUCCAUCCUGCCUACUAAUGCUAUCCUGCUUGGGCUUCCCAUAAAUAAAUUCAUGCAUUACAAUCCUAUGCUAUUAUGAUUAUAUUAAGGAAAAACGGUAAUCACAAGAAUAUGUAUGCCAUCCAUAAACUCUUCCAUUAAAAGGGCUUAUUUUCCAGAAUGUGUUUAUUCAUAGAAUAAGAUGAGAUAAUAUAGUCUUUUAAUUUUAUUUUAAUGAGUUUUCAUCAGGGACUCAGAUCAGAGACUUCUUGGCAAAUUCAUUUAUGACUACUUUUCUCAGCUAUAUGCAAAGUGAUCUUUCUAAGAAUAGGUUAAGAUUUUUUAUUUUUUAAUCCAAAGCAUUUUGACCAACGAAAUAAUGAUAUUUUUAGUGGUAGCAUGUUAUUUUAUUCCAUUGAAACUUGAUAAUUUUUUCUUAUGGCAAGGAAAAACUAUUAUCUUUCUGGAAUUUUUACACAUAGCAUUUUGCCUAUGACAAUGAUAUUAAAUCUUAAUAGUUGAAUCACAGUAUUUUGCAGGGCGAAAGCCAGCACCAGAGUUUUUCCUGGAGCACAGAUUACAAACCUAUAAUCUGUUUAUAAAAAGCAAACUGAGAACAAGAAAGCUGUAUCUCUCAUUGCAGCAUUUUGUUAAAAUUUGGGUGUGAGAUUCUUUUGAACUCUAGCUAAUACAGAUAAAAAAAAUAUAUAUGCCCUUUGUUUUGUUUGUUUGUUUAGGAGAAGCUUAUAAUUCUGGGAACAUGUUUUUCUUUUGAGUUUCUAUCCUCACUUCCAUUUUUUACAAGUUUUCACAGGGUUGACACUAAUUUUCCUUUUUUGGGAGGGUCACAUAUGAAGAAAGUAAAACAUACUUAAUGCAGUACAUAAAUGAAAUUACCAAGAAUUAAAGUCUCAGUGAGUCUGUCACUUUUAUAUGUAGGCAAUUGUUGUUUUUUAACCUGUUCCCAAGAAGAGUGAGAUUUAGGAGGAGGAGGAAGUUGAUAGAAGGGGCAGUCUAAGCAAUUAUAGUUGUAUAAACAGGUAAAAUAUUUAUAUUUCCAAGUUUAUGAGAUGUUUAAAAAUCACUAUGAUAAAAUAUACUUUUCCUUUGUCAGAACAGAGUAAAAUGAGAGCUGCUGCUAGGUCCAUUGCAUGACCAUAACUUUGUUAAUUUUCUAAGGUACCCAUCCAUUUAGAGUCAAGAGAAAACUUCCUUCGUCUAACUCUGAUAGACAUUUACAUAAUAUACCCAAAUAGAAGCUUUAUUAAAUGACUCACAAAUGAAGUUAGUCAACUUUGCACUGAACAUAACUUCUAAUUCAGUUCUCAACCCCAGGAGUAGAAUGAUCUACCAAGAGUGAGACAGGUGUUGCUCUGUCAUCUUGUAUUGUACACCACCAGUGUAGAGGACUAUGAGCUGACUCCAAACACCAGUGUUGUUCCUAGACAAACGGAAUUGUGACCCUUUAAGGAUCUGAAUCUCUGUUAUUUUCCUGACAUGUCACCAUCCCACAUCUUCUUAGACCCGGCCAGUAUGUAGUAUUGUUCAUGGUAGUCCAUUCUACCAUCAGGGCAACUCUUUUCUACAAAAGUUCUUCCUCAUAUUAAACAAAAAGCUGGCUCUGAAGCUAUGUAAAACAAGUCUAAUUUCUAAAUCUUUACUUCUGUGUCAGAUAUCAAUAACUGCUUCAGCUUUUCCUCUUUUAUUGACAUGACGUCAAGUCCAAUCACCUUUUGCUUUUCCUUUGAACAGUUGGACCUAAAAAUAUUUUCUAAUUUUACUUUAAUCUACUCUAUGAAACAUAGCAAUCACCUUGCGUCAGGCUAAGUAAAAAUACUUUCUUCAAGGUUGAAAGUAAAUGGAAUUUGAAUCAUCCUAAGGAAACUGAUAUUCAAUGUGGGUAUUUCCCCCAAGGACUCAGACCCAAGAGAGUGAAUGCUAGAUGAGGAUAUACCUCCCAAGCAUACAAAACCAUCCUCUUACUCUGUGCCCUAUACUGUUUUUGAUGUUGCCAAAACCAAAGUCAUUCUGAAAACAAGAAGUGAGCUAAUACAUAUGCCAUCUCCAUUAGACGCCCACUUCUUUAUAGUCUCCUCAGCCCUUUCCCUUUGUCCCUAUCUUCUCAAGAAUAAGACAUUUCUUGUCCAUAUUCCCAUACCGAAUAUGCAAGAGUCCUGGAUACUUUAUAGGUUCGACAUAAGUAUUUACUGGCUGGUUUUGUGAUUUACUUCCAUUCUUCUGUGUUCAAAUGUUUGUACCCAGAGAUGCUGCAUUUUAGACUAAGUAAGCAGCUUUCCUACAUGAUUGAUCAGGAACUAUUUUUAGGAAUGUAUAUUUUCUCUUUAGUCUUAACGUCUUUAUCCCUUACUCAUUAGUUUAAUUUAAUAAUCACCGUAAGAGAAUCAGCCCCUAAGUAACUUUGACUCAAGCCAACUGCAAUAAGAUCCAAUAGGUUUAAUUGGUAUGCCAUAGGAAUAUAGUGUUGGUAAGAGUAAUUCUUCCCACUGGCAUCAGUAAGACUUCAUAGAGGAGAGAAAUUUGGUAAGAAAUCUUGAAUUGAUGUAUUGACUUGAUUUAGAGUUAAGGAAAGAAUAUUUAAGGCACCAGAAACAACAGGAAAGCAGAGGCUGCAUUCAGAGAAAACCCUCUGCUUGAAAAGUAUCACAGAUCCUGGAAUUUUCUUAGCAGGAGAAAAGGCUUCCAGAUAUUGAGGACAUUGGGAAGUAAAAAUCCUAAAGGAAAGCUAAUUCAAUUACUUGCUUUUUCAUUUCUUCAGAAUUGGAAGAUGUUGCCAAAAUGUGAUACAACACAGUAUGAACAGGAAGUUUCAUUUGUAACAUACAAAAUGUGCAUUCUGAUUGGCUCAUAGCUACAUACUCCACUGUUAGAGCAAACACACCUGUCUUUUGAACCCCUGCAAGAGAAUUAGCAAGGCACCCCUAUUUUCUUAUUGCUUCUGGGUUCACAAUUAGAAAGGGCUCUGUAGUCACCUAUUCUACCUAGUGUUAGAAUCCCCUUACAGAGUCAUUGCAAAGUGAUAACCCAGACUCUGCUUAAACAUCACCUGCAUGAAAGAGCUCCUUAAGGUCUUCCAUUUCCUCCAACAUACUUUGUUUUAAGCUCCCCCUCACUCUUAAAGAGAACCAGUCUUUGUGGCCUAUGUUCUCCUUGGGGCCACACAAGACUAAUAUUUACAACAAAACAAAAUGUUGCUUCCAUCAUCCAUUUUCCGUUGAAAUAUAUUUGUUUUGUUUUUGGCAACACAUUACUUAAAAAACUGAUUUUUAGCUAAAUUUUUUUUAAACUAAUCUUUAAACAUCCUUAAAAAUAGUCUGAAGGAUAUUCUGAGGAUCAAGUUUCAGAGUUUAUGAGUUCUUUGUUGUUUUUACUCUCAUUCAAAAGAAACUAUUCCCAGUUGUUAUAUAGCUAUGUGCCUUCCCCCAGUAAAUGUCCCAUGAACAAUACACUCCAGUUAACUGACCUGCUGAUAAUGACCUAAAAAUAUUGGGAAAUGUCAGUAUGUGAUCUCCACUUCAAACAAGGAAAAAGUCAAAAGCAAAAGACAAGGUUCUGUUAAAAGUCAUUACUCUGACCAGUUCUAUGUGAAAGGAAAUCAUUCUUGGGGGAAAGGGUUAUACUGUGUUACAGUUUUAUGUAGAAAAGGUAUAAAUGCUUUUGUUAUUGCCCUGGGUUACUAUUUAGUUUCAACAGUAUUUCUUGGUCUCUGGAAAGACAAAGCUUGCGGCUUCUUCCACCCGUUUUGAAUUAGAGUCCUAUCAGCAGAACCUGUCAUCAGUCUCCUGGGCCAGACCUGGGGGUGGCUUUCUGUGGUUUAAAAUAAUAAUUCCUAAGAGAGCUUACAGACUGCUUUCACACAUAAAACAGCCCGGGGAGGAAGGUUAUUAAUAGCCCUAUCCUAGAAGAGAAAGCUGAGGCUCAGAAUCGUUAAGUGAUUUGCCAAGAACCGUACAGCUGGUAAGUGGCAGUUCAGGGAUGGCCCCUGGUCUCACAAGCCCAGUGCUCUCUCCAAUGCCAGUCUUGGGGCAUAAAAUACCUCAGAGCUCCAAGUAUGUUUCUCACAGGCUAAAAUGCUCCCUGUUCAAAGGCAUCCAAGGAAAUUCACAUAGACCAUUUAACGAUCACAUGGUAAAUCCACGUGUGCACUGUUGGAGACCUUUUAGAGCUGGCGUGCAUAUUGUGUCAUCUUGUGGGGAAAUUACUAGGUACUCUGUCUGCUGAGCACUGUAAUGAAGUUGGUGGUGAAAGGCCACCACCAAGAACAAACAACUGUGGCACUGAAGCACACGGCAGCAAAUUUCCCCAGAGAUAGUUGGUUUACUUUAUAUUAACUGAAAAACUCUCUGGGACUGUGAAGUUCAGAAUAUCAACCAAGAUCCUAUCAUUUAGAAUUCAGUGGAGUGCCCGGGUGACUUGAUUCUUAAGACAAGUGUCUCUCCUCUGGACUACGAUGUAUGUUCCACAAGAGGCAAAAACUGCUGUAGGUAAAUAAUACAUAUUAUUCUCUCAGUUCACAUUGAUUGAGGCACACCAACUAUAUGUCACUGCAUCAUGCAUUUCCAAACCAGCGCACCAAUCCAUGACCUCGAAACAUCUGUGAAUAAAUGCUGGUUGCGAUGCUGAGAUUUGGCCUUUGCCAUUGGAUAGGCCAGACUUUGGGGGCUGUUUUGAUUUUGUGAUUUGUGUGUGCUGUCACAGGGACUUUGGUACUGUGUGUUUCCAGGGCACUUCUGGGGAAGCCCCUGUGUUAUCCCAGAAGCCGCUGUACAUGACAGUUCAACAACUCUCUGUACCUUCUCUUGAACUGUGUCCCUCUGGAAGCCAUGCUUUUUGAUGUGUUCUUUUGGCUUUUUUAUUUCAUCCCAUUUCUCUCGUUUGGUUUUCAGUUAAAAUCUGUGAACUGAUCGAAAAAUAUUCUUUCUUCAUCUGAGUUAAAGCUACUGCAGAAAAUCUUUAAAAUGAUUUUAUCUAAUAAGCUUUCUAGACAUUUUCCCUCCCUAGAGUCUAUCAUCCAUCAAGCUGGUCUUAUCAUCCAUCUGCUUAUCCCCUGGGAUUAAUGAGGGCCAAGUUAAAUAACAAAUGGCCUCUCGCCUCUUUCCAAUCUUCACGCCUAGGAAAUACAGGAGGGGCCAGUGGAGCCAGCAGAAUAGUAACCUUGGUUGAGAUGGCAACAUUUAGAGUCUGAAAAGGUGCUUCAUUUUCUGUAAGGUUUGAUAAAUGUUAUGGCUGAUGGAGUAGAAAACGAUUCUUGUAGAAUAGAUGGAGUACCCCCACCUAGGAGUAGAUUAAUAGAAGAAGCAUUUGGAGAACUUUUCAAAAUUAUCUAGGUGAGUGCACCUGAGCAGAGACUCACUUGGGUGGAACCUGUGACAUCUUAUUAAAGGAAAUAAAAAGACAGCGAGGCAGCGAAUAUGAAAACGCAGCCCUCUAAAUAAAUUAAGGGAGCCACAAAUCCUGACUUAGCUUUACAUAAUGUAAAGAAAAUUAUCAAUAAAAAAUUGUCUUCCUCCAUUCUACACAAUAUAGUUCUCCGUAUUUAAGUAAAAUACAAUACUGUUGUCUUUAAAACACACACUCAUGCACAUGCAUACACACACGAGUGUGCACAUACACAUACACACACAAACAUCUUCCAAGAAAGCUGAUCUUUCAAAAAGAAAUCUUAUUUUUAAACACUUGGGUUUUUCAGGCCAGAAAAUUAAUAAUUCCUAGACCUGACCCAUUUUUGUGGCUGCCAAAAAAGAAAAGAGAAAGUUAUUUAAAUUUUGUUUGAAUCCAUUUAUAUCUUAAAAUAUUCCAAAGCAAUUUGAGGUGAGGGUGGAAACUAAUGUAUUUAUCUCUCUUGCUUGAUUCGCUCUUCGUGUUUUUAUCUGUUAGGAAAAGAGUAAAGAACUAUUCUUGGGCUGUUCUUAUUGAUGUAUUGUGUUGCCACUUUGUUCGGUGCCUGCUUUGCUUCACACUGAGGCAUAGGAUUAGUAGUUACUUUCUUAACUCCAUUUCCUCCAUCAGGUGAGAGUAAAUAUUAAGCCUGAACGUCUUUCCUCACUAAAUUAUUUAACUCCAUUUUUGAACUAGUUUAGAAAAUGUGAGAGCUAGUUUUUCUUAGAUACAUUUUGUCUUUCUUUUUUUUUUCUUGGGAGAAUUAUGUGUAUAAGGGGAGGAAAAAACCAGUAUCUCCUCAUCUCUUUUUCUCUUUGGGUAACAGUUGAUGAUCACUUAGUAAUGAUAAUAAACCAGAAGUAGAAGAAUAGCCUAGUCAGGUGAUGAUGUAUCUGCCAACGUGUUUCAUUCCUUCAAACAGAUUUUGAAAGGAAAAGGGGUUUUUAUAAUUCGAAUCCUAACAACGGGAAUGACCUCAUAUUUUAACUUUCAAAUAGUGAAAGGCAAGUUGAUAUUUGAGCAAUGUCUGCAUUUUAUUAAUAUCUUCUGCUUAGUUGAAUGUGAAGUACAUCAACAUAUAUGAGUGAGAUUGCCAAAAAGAGUUAAAGUGCCUUAGACCUCCCUACUAGGUAGCAAAUUGAAACUGGUGUAGACCGUGUCAGCUUUCUAACUCAACUAAAAUGUCUGAACUGAGGUGUGUCCUUAAUGAAAGAGAUUUAGAACCCUGGAAACUAAAUCUUAUCACCAAUAGUUUAAAAUGAAGUAGUUGCAAAAUCAGAAUGUUUUCACCCUAAACAUCUAAUUUGUGCCUUCAUUCUUUUGGGGGAAAUUUAUCAAAACACAAAUAAAAUUAAAGGCGACACUUGAUUGUCUGAUUCUCCAGCAUGAAUAAAAUUAUCAUGUGAUUUAAUGUGCCUUAAGCAAAAGUUUGAACUUAGAUGCAAAACUGUUACAACUGAAUGUAGUACUGAACUUUUACCAUGUCAUCUAUGCAAAGAAUUACUUUGUAUUUUGUUUGGUUUUUGUCUUUUAAACUUCACUUUUAUCAUUAGUUUAAUAGAUUUGGGGCUCUCUCUCUCUCUCUCUCUCUCUCUCUCUCUCUCUCUCUCUCUCUCUCUCUCUCUCUUCUGGGAAUAUGUGCAAUUAUGAGACACACCUCAAGAAAGGAAGGGAAAACUUUCUGAGGAUCAAAGCUGUGCCGUGAAGUAGACAUGACACGAAGACACAGAGCCUGAGGAUAGUAAUUUUCUCUGAGCUGCACACACAAGCUUUUAUUUCAUGGCUUUGUCACAGGCUUUUCUCCUUCUGUGCCAUCACCUUUGAGAAAAACGAUUGCACCUUCUCCAAGUCUGCCUUUUUAACAGCUACUGUUGAGUUGGCAAGACUUCCCCAGCUCUGAAUAUAGCCAUUUGCCGACUCCGGCCUCUUUGCGAGACUGACUCAAAUCUGUGAUCUUCUGUUCAGCAAACACAUCAGCAAAGUGAGAAGAUGAGCCCUAAAUAUAGGCUCUAUUAACUUUACUUUUAGAUUUACUGCCUUCAAAAAGUGCCUAUUCUGAGAAACAUAAACGUUAUUCUUACAUAUGUAUGUACACACGGUACCCAGAGUCCUACUGUGCAGCCUUCAAAAACAUACCAUCUAAAGGAGUAGGUGCUAAGAUCAGGAACCCUUGCCAAAUGGAAGAAAGUCACUCAUUUCCAAUAUCCCCUCUCGUGUGGCACCGUGAAAUGGGCUGCAAACACAUUCCCUGAGCAUUCCUUGCUGAUACAGCCACUUUGUAUUUAUAUCCUACUGGAUGGUGGCAUAUUGCUGAGGUUUUCUGUACUCUGCUUCAAACAAAUAUAUGCUUUAUGGAAUUGGAACAUUUAGUCGGGGGAAAAAAAAAAAAAAACGAAGAGAAUAGAG